AAUAAUGUCUGAACAGCUCACUGCAUAUCCGAAUAGGACGUUGCGUCACGCUCGGCAGCCGGCUUGUGCGCAGCUCAAUUACUGGAUAGUCGGCAUGCCUGCCAGCCGUCUGCUGACUGGCUUUUUGCUGGUGUUUCUUUCCUUCUUUCCUUCUUCCUCAUUCUUGUUGAUCUGUCCAACUGUUGACUCCCUUUACUUACUUCUGCCUGACUUGCCUUGACAAUUGUUUAUACAGUGAAAAGGUGUUACGCUUUCCCUUAAUGGUAUACGUCUAGAUCCACCACUUUACGAGAGCGACCACACAUCACAUUGCCAACCAUGGCCACCAUUUCACAAUCCAAGCGACCACACUUCCUCAGCAACAACCGAAGUGGGAGCAGCGUCUCCUCACGCUCCUUCUCAGCACCCGUUGAACACUCUGUAAGGAAGUACCCACGUGUCUUCCAGGGCACCGAUGCCGUGCCUCAGAACCAGAGGGUAGCCCUCCAUCGAAUCAUCGACACACACCAAGCCCUCGAUCUCAAGUACGAGCAAGAGCAAGUCUCUACACCCACCAGCACCACAAGCGGACGGCCAACCUCUUCCUCUUCCUCCAUCCUGUCCAACGACCCCUUCGCCCUCGACCUCAACAGCCUACCCGUCCAAGACGCAGAAAUUCGAGCCUUCCGCUACCUCCUCCGCCUCUGGGACCCAAAAUCCUAUCCCGCAGAUCCAGAAUUCGAUUCCGCCAUCGCACCCCGCAAAGCGCAGUUUGAAGAAAAAGCAAUAAAGCACUUCAUCAACCGCGUGGCGCUCUGGGACGUAAGCGGCGACGCAAGCCAGGGCAUGACUCGGAGCAUCUUUGCUUUCCGGCGAAGACGUUCACGGGCGAAGAGCGUGUCACAGACGCUGAACGAGGGCGCGGACGAAGGACCGGAUGCGCUUAAGGAGGCUACGACGAGAGAGGGGCUAGCGCAGCUCAUAUGGACACUGUUGCAUGACCCCAAGGUGCUGAAUGAAUCGGCGCUUGGGGAGAGGUGUAUGGAAGCGCUAAAGGAGAUGUAUCGAUUGACGUCGCCGACGGGUUGACUGCGUAGAACGGGGUUUGAAAUACAUAAAAGAUUUAUUUUGUUGAGCGUCGUUCUUUUUCUUUCUUCUCUUUGAGUACAUGUGUGUAUUAUUGGGUUGCUAGGCUAAUAGUGCAAUGUGAAAAUCACAAAGUUAAUGGGGAUAGGGGAUAGGUGCAGAUCAAAAGGGAUGCAAUUGUGAAAGUAGAGCUUUGUGCUCAAUCAUGUGACAUACAUAUCCAGAUCAAGGGUUUAUCUUACUAUUUCGAGGCUCGGAAACCCGUUGAGUGAUUUUCUUUUCUCGAUAUAUCACCGAAUUCAAUAUAUGGAGUUUGGCC